GAAGCGGAGCAGGAAGUCGCUAUUCACGGUACAAUGGCGCCGUUAGACCUGGAUAAAUACGCGGAGAUCGCUAAACAGUGCAAAUACCUCCCAGAGAAUGAUCUCAAGAGGUUAUGUGAUUAUGUGUGUGAUCUUCUCCUGGAGGAGUCCAACGUCCAGCCGGUUUCUACUCCUGUGACCGUGUGUGGAGACAUUCAUGGCCAGUUUUAUGAUCUUUGUGAACUCUUCCGAACCGGUGGCCAGGUCCCUGACACAAAUUACAUCUUCAUGGGAGACUUUGUUGACAGAGGAUAUUACAGCUUGGAGACGUUUACCUAUCUGCUGGUGCUGAAGGCUAAAUGGCCCGACCGCAUCACUCUCCUCCGUGGAAACCAUGAGAGCAGACAGAUCACCCAGGUGUAUGGCUUUUAUGAUGAGUGCCAGACCAAGUAUGGAAAUGCCAAUGCGUGGCGUUAUUGCACCAAGGUGUUUGAUAUGUUGACAGUUGCAGCU